AUGUCCAGCAAUUCUUUGCUUUUAAAACACUUUCAAUUUCUUGCAGUGAAACUAAAUGGCGGCCGCCACGUCCAGGGGAUAUUGCGGGGGUUCGAUCCCUUCAUGAACCUCGUCAUCGAUGAGUGUGUGGAGAUGGCGCCGGGAGGACAACAGAACAACAUUGGCAUGGUGGUAAUACGAGGAAACAGCAUCAUUAUGUUGGAAGCUUUGGAACGAGUAUAA